AUGGCGACACCAUCUCACUGGCCGGGCGGCAUUCCUCGAGAAAUCAAACGUCACGCAACCGACGUGUCUCGUGAUGAGAUUGAAGAACAGGUGAAAGGGUGGCUAAUUUUUGUCCGAGAAAGCUGGCUUCCACGACCAAGCGACCUUGAUGCAGAUAAAGAAUACGAAUUGCGCCAACGCCGCGCCUUGUCAUAUCACAAUCGUGCUAUAAGCGAGGGAAAUCAGUUUCCUUCUUAUCCUCGCGAGGCAUUAGAGCGGGUUUAUGCAUUCAUGCCUUGUGAGCCGAACCAUGCCAUCUGUAUGGCACCUGUUGAAGAUCCUUUAAACAAGGCCCGGUGGGUUAAGCUCGCGAUUCUCUUUUAUCGUUACGAUUACGAAGCAGGACAUUGCCUACCUAUCAUGAACCCUAUCCCCAAUAUGGCUGUUCCCAACCCUGCCACUCCUAACACCCACUCUGUGCCGGAUUUCCUUCCCUGGUAUUAUCUUGAAAGUGCUUGUUUUGGCGAUAUCUACCUUACUAAGAUGGGGAGUGUUCUGUAUGAGGAAAAUACGAGGCAUUUCAUGAUAAUUGGAUAUGGACCUACAAUUCUUGAUCUUCUAGAAUCAGUAGGUGGUAUGACUCCUCCAGGUGUGGACUAUCGCAAGCAGUGGGAAGAGGAUGUCGAAUUAUAUGCACCCGGCUAUCUGGCGCUCGAGGCUGUUGGGCAGGGGGGAGAAUAUGAUCUUAGGAAUCUUACCGCUCCGAUUGAGAUCCCAAAUGGCCUAAAGGCAGUGUAUCAAAAAAUUUUGAAAUCCGGGUCUCAUUAA